AUGGUUGACUCCGACUCAGACAUUUUGAAUGCAAUUGAAGGAAUUGCAAGUGUCAAGUUCGAAUGGUACCAACCUAACCCUCAAGCAGUCAGACAACAUGCUGGAUACUUUCCGUUCAUAAAUAAGUCUGACAUUGACUUGACAAGGUAUGGAAUUUACAAUUCAAUUGAAACAAUUGUCAAUGAACCUUGUAUUCUUACAUGUCUCAGGAACUCUGGUCUUGUUUCAGAAGAGAAGAUGAAGUAUCUUGAGUCAUGUGUGAAGACAAGGUACAUUCUCAGAGGUCAAUUGGCAAAAAUUGCACCGUUGGCAAAUGUCAAUAUCCGAGUCAACAUACCUACAGCUAAAGGUUCUUCACAUGACGACUAUGUUGUUGACAAAGACUUACCAUGGUUGAAGAUUGUAAUUGUCCACAACCACUUCAUGUUGAACGAAAGUCUUACAAACCCAUUGUUCGGAAAAGGCAAGUGCAACAUUGUCAGAGCUGUAAACAUUCUUUUCGAGAAAGGUUUGUUGGAACCAAUUCCAGAUGACAAGCUGACAGAAACUUUUGUACCAAAAGACGAAACAAACUUUUCACUGUUAGCAAGACCAAAAGUUGUUCCAGACAAAGUUCUAGUACAAAAGAAGUACACAAUUCCACAAGGAGUUGGAUUGUUCGGAUACCAACCUGAACCAGAAGAACUUCCAAUGAGGUUGCAAGAACUUCAAGAUGCUAUAAACAAACUUCCAUUGAGACAUCCAAUUGACGUCAAAUUGUAUUGGAGAGCAUCUGAGUUAGGUCAGAAGGUUUUAUAUGAAACAGGUUGCUUCGACGAUGUUUAUGAGAUAACAGGAGAAGUUUCUCAGAAGAUAAGAGACUCACUUGAAUUUCCACAAACUGGACCAAUUGGUUGCGACAAGUUCGACUCAAACGAAAAGAUAUACUAUGUCGACCUUAACGCUGCGUACAUGAGGUUUGUCCAAUAUAUUCCGACUGGAAUUCCAAACGAAGAUGGUGAGUUCCCGGGAAGGAACUAUACAGUUGGAAAAGUCAUACAACAACU